AUGAAUUAAAAUGGAGAAAUCUUUUAACUCAGAAAAUAAGUAACCUAAUAAGAAAAUCAAAUCAAAUAGUUUUAAAAUGAAAUUGAAAAAACUAAAUAAGGAUGUGAAAUAGAUUAAGUUGAAAAUAAAAAAUUAUACGAGAUGACUCAAAUAAAUUUAAAAUUAAGUUAAGUAAUUGAUGAAAAAGAACAAAAGAUUCAUUUAUUAAAACAUGACUUAGAAGUAUCACAAAUUAAAGUUGAUGAAAUUGAAAAAGUUAAUAAUAAUUUAUUAAAUAAGCUAAAUGAGAGAUAUCAAAUUUUUUAAUCUUAAUCAGAAUAGUUUUCAAAAUCUCUUAUAUCAUCUGAAACUCUCUUUUCUUAGAAUGUUGAAAAUGAUUAUUAUCAAUAGUAACUCUAAAUAUUGUAAAAUAAAUAUGAUGAUAUUCUUAAAGAAAAUUAAAUCUUAUUAAAUAAUUCCAGUUAAAUAGAAGAAUAUAAAAAUAAAGUAGCAUUAUUAUCUUUAGAAGUUUCUCGAUAUCAUAAUUUAUAAAAAGGAUCCCCUUCUUAAAAUUUUAUUCAAAGCCCUAGAGUUGAAAAUCAAGUUAUGAUUAAUAAAAUAAGCUUGAAUUAAGAAAAAGAAAGUCGUAUUAAAACCGAACAUGUUUUUGAUAAUAACUAUAAAGACAGUGAUUUUUAUUGUUUGUUAGUUUUAUUGUUCGCAGAAAUUGAAUCUCUAAGAACAAAAUUAGAUGAAAAAAAAAUAGAAGAUAGAUCAUAAGUUUAAUAAAUUAUAGAAUUUUACCGUCCCAAAGCCUAAUGA